CUCACCCUUUUCUUUCGGGGAGAGCUGACAUCUCUGGCGGUUUGCCGCAUGGAAGUCGCCCAGGCAAGGCAGACUAUCAUCUCUCUGAUCCGGACGCCUUCUCUCCACUUGCCUACCGCUGCGAGAGCAGACACAACAUCACAUUUCACAUUUACCGGGGGAUUCAACGGCAUUUAUCCGCUGACCGACUAUCGGGGCAGUCUAAAUCCCGGCUUCAUUCCAGCAGAAGGAGGAAAUAUUUCUUUCUCAGAUGUAACAACACACUAAAAAAAAAAAAAAAAAAAAAAAAAAGACGUAUCGGGAUCGUCAAGUGCACAAAAGCUGCAGCUUUGAAACAUUACGCACGGCUAAUUAUUUUUCAACACAUUUUUACAUCCCCUCCGUUCCCUGCACGGACUAAACCGGGGACCGGAGGUAAGAGGGGGAGACUUCCAUGGUAUGGAGUCUUGAUUUUUACCAAGCGACCCGGGAGGCUUGAAACUGAGAAAAUCCAUCGUCGUACUGGAAUAUUAAUAAACUAAUCCUAACAGUAAUCCGGGAGAUGUUGCAGCAGAGUUUGGGACUCUAGAGAGCAUCCCAACUUUUUUCUUUUUUUUUCUUCUUUUCUUUCUUUUUUUGGUUUCCAUUUUAAUCUCUUUCCCUCUCAUCUUGUCCGCCUGUGGGACUUCUAUAUUCGUGACUGAUUUGCAGUACUUCACUCUGUAAUGGACCGUUCGACGUCUUUGGAUAUAGAGGCGCUCAAGGUGUGACACUUGGAAAGGAAGCAGAGUGGCUCCAAGAACCAGCUAGAUUUGUGGAAGUUUCUGGGCAAUGAAGAACUGCUAGCAGAUCCCAGGAGCAGAUGACCCAGGAGCAGUAUAUCCUUGCAGCACAGCCCAACCCGCUCCACCAGCGGGGGGCAUCGGUAUGCGGUGCCCAGGUUUACCCAGCAGUGGGAAUCUACGGCUGGAGGAAGAGAUGCCUGUACUUCUUCAUCCUCCUCCUCCUCGUCACCAUGAUCGUCAAUCUGGCACUGACCAUCUGGAUCCUCAAAGUCAUGAACUUCACUCCGGAUGGUAUGGGGAAUCUGCGGGUGACCAAGGAAGGAGUCAGACUGGAGGGGGUUUCUGAAUUCUUACUGCCUUUAUACGUCAAAGAGAUCCAGUCUCGUAGGGACAGUCCAUUGAUCCUCCAGUCAGACAGAAAUGUGACUGUCAAUGCUAGGAACGAUCAGGGACAACUGACUGGUCAGCUAACCGUGGGUUCAGAAAUGGUGGAGGCCCAGUGUCAGAGGUUUGAGGUGAGGAGCUCUGACGGGGAGAGAGUUCUGUUCUCUGCAGACGAAGAAGAGAUCAGCAUCGGUACUGAGAAACUCAAAGUAACAGGGAACGAAGGGGUUGUGUUUAGCCAUUCUGUAGAGACUUCACAUGUAAGGGCAGAACCCUUCCAGGACCUAAAGCUGGAAUCCCCGACUCGGACCCUGACGCUGGAGGCCCCCAGAGGGGUGGAGAUCAAUGCUGGAGUGGGUGACUUCACAGCAUCCUGUAGGAAAGACCUCUUGUUGCAGUCGUCAGAAGGAGAGAUUUUUCUAGAUGCCAACACUAUCAAGCUGGGCAACAUUCCCCUUGGUAGUGCUGUGGAUCCCCUGGAGGGGGCACCUGCAGGUACCACCUACACCAAACAGACUGUAUACGAGCUGUGCGCCUGCGCUAAUGGCAAGCUCUACCUUUCCCCAGCUGAGAAAGGCACUACCUGCCAAACAACCAGUAACUUUUGUCUCUGGAGCUGAAAGUGGGAGGUUGACAGACGCACAUGACGUAUGGACUACGGAGUUUGAAGCUAAUGCUAGCCAAUGGACUGAAUCAACAUGAAUUACGGCUGGUGGGAAGCUAAUGCCAGCUAACAGACCGAAUCAAUAUGGAUUGUAGCGUGGUGAGAAGUUCAUGUAUGUUCACCAAUCGAAUCAUAUGGAUUACAGCUUGGCAGGAAACUCAUGGUUGGUAACAGACCAAAUCAAGAUGGACUGUGACUUGGCUAUGAGGCUAAUGCCAGCGGAAAGACUGAAUCAACAUGGACUAGAGCUUGUGAGAGGCUAUUGCCAUCUCACCAACCAAAUUAUUAUGGAUUGGUCAGUAGCCAAUGCUAGUCAAGAGGAUGGAUUACCUGGAGGGACAUGAAAGCCAACAAGGUUAGCUGACCCCUCAUGGACAUGGAUGGACACUCCCAAUGUGGGGCUCUUAUUGGCUGUCUAUCCUAUUUUUGAAUUGUUGCCAUGAUGGUUUCUGAAAGUCACAAGGAUUACACUUGGCAGUUGCCUGAGAACAGCAAACUUUCUUAUGUGUGUUUCCAUUGUGACCAAAAUGUCCUGGAAAAUCGUGUUCUUGUUUUUGUUAGGAUGAACAGAUACGAUGGCGGACUACAAACUCCAACAGGGACAUGCACAUGGACUCCUGGUUAUCCUAUGAGUUGGCUUACAGACAUCAGUGAGGACUUUGGUUUAACCCAGUGGGUAGCUAACAAAUAAAUCAGGCAAUGGUUUUGUCUUGCAGGAAGAUAAGGCUAGCUAACGGACCAAUCUAUACCAGAAAGGCCUUCCCCCUCCUCCCCCUAUAGUCAUUCGCCCCAAACAUUGACAUGAUCCCUCUACAUUAAUGUGCACCUGAUAGUUCCAAUGUUCUCUAAACCCAUUUUUCAUAGGAUGACUAAUGCAAAUAAUUGUGCUUCAACCUUGCACUCCACCAGCUUUUCCCCCAAGAUAGUUUCAAAUUCUUCACAUCUACUUUCUUUAAGUUUUCUUUUUUCUUCAGAUCAAAUCUUUUACUUGUUAUCUCUUUGUAUCCUCGUCUCUUUCCUUUCAAUGUCUCUGUAGUCCUUUAUCUUUCCAUAUUUUGCUGCUGCUCUCUUUUAUCUUGCCUCCAUGCUCUAGUUAUUUUGUUCUGUCUAUGCACCUACUUGCACUGGACUGGCAAGAAAAAUGUCAUUCUGCCUAUCCAUUUUCUUCCACCAGUGUAUCUUAAAAGAAAAAAAAAGAAAAAACGUUGUUCUAUAAGUUUUAUUCCCUGGACUGGUUUAAAAAAAAAAAAGAAAGAAAAAAAGAAGACUUUUUUUAGCAGCCAUCUCAGCUGUACCAGAUGCAGAAUUACUCCCUCUUACACUCUGAUCCCACUUCUUUUAGUUUCAGUCUCUAAAAAGUUAUUCUACCUGGAAAUGUGAUGUGUUUUUUGUUAGCUACACAAAAUGGAAGCAGGAAAUGAGUUACAAGUCUUGGGUUAAUUAAGGAUCAGGUGGGUGCUAAGGCAGACAGACCAUUUUGUGGUAUGGGACCAAACUUCCAGUCAGGCAGAGGCAACAGUCGGCUGACAGCCAGACCAAUUUUAGUCUUGUUACGGAGCAUUGUACAUCUUCAUCCUGUGUUCCUUGUCUGUCAGAGUUUUUUCCCAUCUUUUUUUGUUUUUUUGCAUGGCCUUUCCGUUCGUGUUGCCAAGCUCCUGGCAGUAUUUUUACCUCCCAUUACUCCUUGUACUCCACCCCUCGCCACUUUUUUAUUUAUUUUAUCAACUAUCAUUUUGCCUUCUUAUCCCUAUAACUAAACAAAUGACAUUGCUUGAUGUUAUUUUAUUUUUUUUUAUUCUCCUUUGGCCACCUCAAGCUGAAAUUUCAGGAAAAAUGUCCCUCUAUUCUCACACCGCAACCCCUUACAAAAUUUCUGGAAAUCUGAGCGAGAAAAGCUCCAAAAUAUUAUAAAGGUUUUAUUUGUUUUGUUUUGUUUUUUUUGGGGGGGGAGGGUUUGUAUAUUCAGUCUCCAAAGGGGGGAUCAGUGUGAAUGGCCCAACCCAAGCUAACUUAUCGCCAAACCUCUGUAAUGGCUGGAAAUAACAGGAAAUCAGCAAAAUUGUGCAGUAGAAGUCCCCCUGGAGGAAAUUAUGGAUGGAUUUGGCUGUACGUGUAUGGACUCAACUGGAAAUAAGGCCCUGAGGCAUACUUUCUUUUUUUAAAACAAAGCGAUACACAGGUGCCUUUGCUACUGUUGGUAAAAGCACAUCACAGUCUGAACAUUCAAACUACCCUCAGUGGACCAUCUGCAAGUGUCUCUGAACUAUCUAUUUAUCAAUCUACCUAUCUAUCUGUUUAGUUUUGUCUUUUUCCUCCCCUUCUCUCCUGUUGUUGUUUUUUUUUUUGUUUGUUUUGUUUUUUUUUUUUUUUUUAGAACUCUCAGUAUACCCAGCUGAAAAAAGAACAAUUCAAUCCUGGUUUAAAGUUUAAUUUUCUGAUGUGUUCCCUUAUGAUUUUAUUCUUGAUAAUAAAAAAGCACAAAUUAUGCCAUGUAUAUAACAAUACCAAUAAAUUACAAAAUAAAAUAAUAUUGUUUAUAAAGAGAA